UUGUGCCCUUCCCCUCCUCCUCCCGUGCGCUCUCAUGAAAAAGGAUUUUCCCACUAUUUCUUAAAGCCCGUCUCUUUUGCGCCGUUUGGCUCGCGAGGAGGAAGGAGCUUUCUCUCUUGUUCGAUGUAACAGGAGGUGAAAAGCCCUGGGUUUCGAGCUUUUUCGUGGGUCCUAGCUGAUAACGAGGUUUGCCGGGAACAGCCCCAACAGCGAUCGACGUAAUUUAUGAGCACGAGAUCUCGAUUCCCGUUACAUUUCUGUUUCUCCUUGGCUGAUCGGAAGAGUUUGGAGUAGGGGCAAUGCAAAUGGAUCGUAUUCUGAAGCUCUCUCUGGGUUUCCUGCUUAUAGGCUCAGUUCUUGUCUCGGCUGAGGAACUCGAUUUUGGUCACUGCGAAACAGUUGUGACAAGGUGGGCGGAUUCUUCUUCUCUCGAGGAAAAUGUCAGCGAGAACAAACGCUCACUCCAGGACUUGCUGUUCUUUCUCCAUGUUCCCCGGACAGGAGGCAGGACAUAUUUUCACUGUUUUCUGAGGAAGAUGUAUGAUAGCACAGAUGAAUGCCCUCGUUCUUAUGACAAGCUCCACUUUGAUCCAAGAAAAGCUAAGUGCAAGCUGUUGGCUACGCAUGAUGACUAUAGUUUGAUGUCAAAACUACCGAGGGAGAGAACUUCAGUGAUGACAAUCGUUCGGGAUCCCAUUGCUCGUGUAUUGAGUACCUAUGAAUUUUCAGUAGAGGUUGCUGCUAGGUUUUUGGUGCAUCCCAAUUUAACUUCUGCGACUGUGAUGUCUGCACGCAUAAGGAAGCCAAAUGUCAUCAGCACACUAGACAUAUGGCCAUGGAAAUAUCUAGUUCCGUGGAUGAGAGAAGAUCUGUUUGCUCGGCGAGAUGCACGGAAAGCUAGGGAGGUCGUUAUGAUCGAGGAUGAUAACCCAUACGAUAUGGAGGAGAUGCUUAUGCCAUUGCACAAAUAUCUCGAUACACCCAUAGCUCAUGACAUAAUUCACAACGGAGCCACCUUUCAGAUUACCGGAUUGACAAACAACUCUCAUUUAUCAGAAGCACACGAGAUCAGGCGAUGCGUGCAGAAGUUCAAAAGCCUUGGUGAAUAUGUACUUAAAGUUGCCAAGAGGAGGUUGAACAGCAUGCUGUAUGUUGGACUGACAGAGGAGCAUAGGGAAUCAGCUUCUCUUUUUGCAAAUGUAGUCGGGUCUCAAGUGCUUUCUCGGGUGGUUUUGCAUGAUUCAACUGCAAAAGCCAAAGCUACUAAACCAGAACCAAGUGUCAAAGUCUCAGAAUCAGGGUCGGAGGAUGGUGAAAGUCAGAAUGAUACAUCUAGAGUUGCUUUGGGUAAGGCAGAGGCUAAGAGUGGGAAUAUGACUGUCAAAACCCUUAUGGAAGUUUAUGAAGGCUGCAUUUCUAAUUUAUGGAAGACUCAAGCAACAAGACGCGUUAAUUCCCUAAAGAGGAUUGCUCCUGCAAAUUUUUCGAAAGAGGCACGCAAAAAGGUUCCGGACAAGGUUAUUCAGCACAUAAGAUCGCUCAACCACCUUGACGUGGAUAUCUACGAGUAUGCGAAAGAAAUCUUUGCGAAAGAACAUGAACAAGUUUCAACAAAAUCUGUCUUGACAAAUGAGUUCAGGAGCGUGCUUGGAGAAUCGGACGAUGACAAGUUGUGGAAGAAGCUCUUACCGUUGGCCUUGCUGGUCUUGUUACUCUUCUCCUUCUUUCUAUUUGUAAAAGCUAGAAGAAGAACCUCAAAGGUUAAGAUUUGAUCGAUUUAAACUAUUUGGGCCGAAUUGGUAAUUUCGAGGAGUUUUGGGUCCCAGAUGCAAUAUCUUAUCUCUCUCUUUUUUUUUCUUCUUUUGUUUGGAAAGAAAAAGUUUUGUGUUGCCUUA